UAUAGAUUUGUGUUUUCGAAAUCAGUCAACAAAAUUAUUUUAAUGUAUAAUUGUUAAAAAUUAACAAGUGGGGAGAAUUAUUGAUAGUUUUUCUUUUUAUUAAUUUAAUUGAAAAUUGCGUGGGAAAGAAAAAUUUUCAAAAAUCGUCUGCUAAUCACAAUUUGAUCGCGAGUUUUUAAAAUAUAGAUUUUUAGUUUUUAGAAAAUGUGUUUUGUCAAAAAUAGAUGUUAAAGAUGAUAAUUAGAACGUACAGAUAUUUUUUUACAAUUAAACAAAUAACGGGAAUUGGAAACAUUCGACAAAUAUCGACUUUUGAUAAAAGCAGAACGAAAGAAUACGAAAGUCGAAAAUUAAUUGGAUUUUCAAUGGAACAAAUGUAUAAUGUUGUUGCCGAUGUGGAGAAUUAUAAAAAUUUUGUACCAUUUUGUAAAAUGUCAACAAUAAUUGAAAAAACAAAGGAUUAUAAAAAGGCAAAACUUGUUAUUGGUUUUCCGCCAAUUAAUGAAAGUUAUUUAUCAAAAGUAACAACAAUUCAUUCACGUUUAGUUAAAGCCGAAUGUACUGAUGGCAAAUUAUUUGAUCAUUUAAAUACAUUAUGGAUAUUUAGUCCUGGUUUAAAAAAUAAUUCACAAACAUGCCUCGUUGAUAUUUCAAUAUCAUUUGAAUUUCGUUCAAUAUUCUAUUCGCAUGUGGCGAAUUUAUUUUUCAAUGAAAUUGUACGACAAAUGGAAAAUGCAUUUGUUCAAGAGGCAAAAAAACGUUAUGGACGACCUUGCAUUAAAACUGUUCGUCUUGAACGGUGAUUUUGUAGAAAAAAUUACUUUUUUUUUUGUUUUUUUUUUUUUUUAAUUUUAUGACAAUUUUUUUAAAAAAAUUUUCUUUAAAUUUUCUUCUUUGGAAAAUUUGAUAUUUUAAAAUAGUAUUUAAAUGUGGAUUUUUUUAAAAUUGAUUUUUGAACAUAUUUAAUUUUUUUUUUUUUCAUGAAAAUAGAAUAUUAAAAUAAUUUUUCGAUGGAUUUUUUUUUUUUUUUAGUGAAAUUUGUAAAUAAUUGUUAAUUAAUUUUAAAAGAGAAAUGAAUGACUGUUUAACACUAUUAUUGACACGCACAAAAAAAAAGAAGUUUAUAAAUAAAUAAAUAAUUUAAUAAAUA